UAAAACUUCAGUGGUUUUAUAGCUUUUAUCUCUCUCUCUCUCUCUCUGAACGUGACAAAAAAUAUAGCCUUAUGGAAUACCUAAAAGAGGAGCAAGAAGAACCUGUUAGUCCUAUGGGACAAUACUUCAACAGUUCUGUGCUAUGCAUAUACAUCAUUGGAGUUUUGGAAUUUGAAGUUCCCAUACAUGACUUGCAAACCUUCGCUCUUAUUAAAGAUGUUUUUCUUCCCAUCAAUCCACGCUUCUCCUCCGUCAUGGUCCAAGAUAAAGAUGGAGAGAAACGAUGGAAGCAAGUUGAUGUGAAUUUGAAAGAGCAUGUCCACUUUCCCAAAUUCCCCAAAGGCAAAACAGUGGAAUCCUACGACAAGUUUUUCCAUGAUUAUUUAUCAAGCAUGGCAAUGGAGCAAUUACCACAGAGCAAACCUCUAUGGUCCAUUCACAUAAUCAAUUACCCCACAAAUGAUGCAUCUAGCAGCAUAAUAUUUAAGCUUCACCAUGCACUUGGGGAUGGUUAUUCUCUCGUUGGUGCACUUCUUUCUUGUCUACAAAGAGCUGAUGACCCCUCUCUACCCUUGUCAUUUCCUUCUCUAAGACCAUCAAAGCCACAAUCAUCAACCGAAAACUUUUGGAGAAGGUUUUCUUGGAUGUGUUCCUCUGCCUUCAACACUGUCUCAGAUUUUGGAUGGAGUGUAUUGAAGAGUAGCAUCAUUAGUGAUGAUGAAACACCAAUAAGGUCAGGAGAUGAAGGAACCGAGUUUCGCCCAAUUUGCAUAUCAAGUAUGGACUUCUCCAUUGACCAUAUCAAGGACAUCAAAUCCAGGCUCGGAGUGACAAUAAACGAUGUGAUCACUGGAAUCGUGUUCUAUGGGACUAGGUUAUAUAUGCAAGACAUGGACUCCAAGUCAAAAACGGCAGACUCCACUGCUUUGGUUUUAUUGAAUACGAGAAACAUCGAAGGUUACCAAUCAAUAAAUGAAAUGCUGAAUAAUAAAGCCAAGGGUCCAUGGGGGAAUAAAAUCUCCUUCUUGCAUGUACCAAUUCCAAAAUUAAAUCAAAACAAAAUGUCAAACCCGUUAGAUUUUAUCUGGGACUCGCAUAAUAUAAUCAAGAGAAAGAAACAAUCUUUAGCUGUUGCCCUCACUGGGAUUCUUUUGGACACGGAGAGCAAAUUCAGAGGACAAGAGGCAGUAGCUAAACACCUUCGAGGGACAGUAACGAAAUCAAGUGCAGUGAUUUCAAGCUUGGUUGGACCGAUGCAACAAAUGUCUUUAGCUAAUCAUCCAGUGAAAGGCUUAUAUUUCACAUUGGCUGGUGGACCAGAGAGUCUUGCCAUUUCAAUUAUGAGCUAUGUGGGAGUGCUUAGAGUUACCCUAAAGACGGAAAAGGACUUUAUAGAUGAAGAGAAAUUGAAGUCAUGCAUUCAAAGUGCAUUUCAGAUGAUACUAGAAGCAGCUACAGCACAUUCUUGACAAAACAAAACUGUGUGUUCCUGAUCUGCACAGAAGCUAAAUUCUUAUAUUUGUUUGGAAAAUUGGAUUGAUUGUUUUUUUUUUUUUUGUACAACUAUCUUAUUAGUUCAUAUAUUUUUUAUUAAGUUUGAAUUUUUAAGGAAUAUAUGUGUGUAUGCUCUGAAACUUAAUAAACGAGGUCCACUUAUUAUCUCUGUUGAUUUUGGA